AUAUUGUUUUGUCUUCGCCUUUGACCAAGAAAAUGAUUUGAAACGAACGAACAAAUAAUACUAUUAAGAUAAAUCAGUAACAUUGUGUGAAAUAUUUAAAACAUACGCAUUGCGAAAUAGACUGACAAUGUUGCCUGGUAUUGGUGUAUUCGGGACAGCUGCUGAGGUUCGUGUUCUAGUUCCCAUUUUACGUGACAAAGGUUUUAAGAUUGAGGCCAUCUGGGGUAGAACAAUUUGUGAAGCGGAAGAAGCAGCAAAAGAGCUCAAUAUUAUCUUUUAUACGAAUAAAAUAGACGAUGUAUUGCUGAAAAAGGAUGUUGAUCUGGUGUUCAUUUUUUGUCCACCGCAUUUGCAUUCACAAAUAUCGGUGAAAGCGUUAGGCAUUGGAAAGCAUGUUGUAUGCGAGCGAAUGGGUCUGGGUCAAGUAGAUGCAUUGAAAAUGGUUCGAGGCUCACAGUAUUAUCCAUCACUAAUAUCAUUAGUUAAUUAUUCGUUGAGAUUUUUACCGGCAUUUGUUGAUAUGAAACGUCGUUUGCAUGAAGAAUAUUUGGGGCCAAUCAAAUAUGUUUCACUCAUUGAUGUUCGAGUACAGAUUAGAUCGUUAUUGAGCGACAAAUAUGACUGGCUUUGUGACGCAACCAUGGGUGGAGGUGUGCUCAAUUUGAUUGGCAGUCAUAUAAUCGAUUUGGUAUCUUUUCUGAUCGGCCGACGGGCGACUAAAGUACAUGGCGUCGUAAAAACAUACAAUAAAAUGACAAAAAAUGUGUGUGGCAUACGUCAAGUGACUGCACCAGAUUUUUGCAAUUUUCAAAUGGAAUUGGAUGGUGGCGAGGUGAUUGUUACAGUUUCCAUACUCACAAAUAUUUCAAGCACAACAUUUUUGCAAGAAGUUUUAGUAUGCGGAAGGGAUGGACAUCUGAUUGUGCGAAAUACUGAUUUAUUUGGUCAACGGAAUAGCACGGGCAAAGAAGAAACACUUUUCGUGGACAAGGAUAAUGUGCAAACGGCUACCAGUGUGAAUAAUGUGAUGCCUUAUCCGUACAUAAAUGGAAUGUGCAAAAUGAUCGGUGCGCUACGUGAAUCCUUCAUUCAAGAACAAAGUAGCUGGGUGAAAGAGCCCGUACAAUCAGCGGCAACCUUUGAGCAUGGUCUUUAUGUACAAGCCGUUUUAGACGCUAUUCGACAGUCCAGUGAAAACAAGACUUGGCUCAAAGUCAAUGUUAUGUCCGAAUCGCCGACGAAUCAUGCAAAAAUUAUGACUGCCGCUCGGAUGUCGGCUGUUGUUAUGCAUUAGAUAACAAAUUUUAUUUAACAACUUGAAGAGUGCUUAUAGCAACAUUUUUUUAUGAUUUAUAUUAACAUAGUUUUGGUCAUGUUUUAAAAGCUUGCAUUAUUGCGUAGAAAAUUAUAAAUUAUUAUUUUAUAUUCAUCAUAUCGAUCACAUAUUCCAACAUGAAAUGAGAAAUUAUAUGACCUGUUAGUUUAAUCCAAAAUUUGACUAUAUUUUGAAUUAUCAUUGAAAUAAACCCACAACUACAAUAUCA